AGAGACACCGGUGCCCCCGCGGUCCCCGCAGGCCCAGGCCCCUCUCCCGCCGGCCCCAUGCAGGCCGUCGCCCUCCCAGACGAGAUCCGAUGGCUCCUGGAAGAUUCUGAAGAUUUCCUAGCAGAAGGUUUGCGAAAUGAGAACCUCAGUGCUGGUGCAAGGGACCAGAGGGAUCAUAUUCUACGUGGCUUUCAGCAGAUCAAAGCUAGAUACUGUUGGGAUUUUCAGCCCCAAGGAGGCGACCUUGGGCAGGACAGCUCGGAUGACAGUCACAGUGUGAGUCACGGCCCGCCUCUCGCAGCCGACGCCCCCUUCCCGUCAGAUUAUCAGGAUGAGGGAAUAGAAGACAUCAUAAAAGGUGCUCAAGAGCUUGAUAACAUCAUCAAGCAAGGAUACUUAGAGAAAAGAAGCAAAGAUCAUAGCUUCUUCGGGUCGGAAUGGCAGAAGCGAUGGUGUGUGAUCUGCAGAGGUUUCUUCUUCUACUAUGCUAAUGAGAAAAGCAAGCAGCCCAAAGGGACCUUUCUCAUUAAGGGCUACAGUGUCCGAAUGGCCCCUCACCUCCGAAGAGACUCCAAGAAAGAAUCCUGCUUUGAACUGACCUCUCAGGAUAGGCGCAGCUAUGAGUUUACAGCUACUAGUCCAGCGGAAGCCAGAGACUGGGUGGAUCAGAUAAGUUUCUUGUUGAAGGAUCUGAGCUCCUUAACCAUCCCCUAUGAAGAGGAAGAGGAAGAGGAGGAGGAGGAGAUGUAUGAUGAUAUUGAUGGUUUUAACGCCCCAAAUUCGGGUUCACAGUGCCGACCUAGCAUCUCGCCUGCGAGUAUGGGGAUACAAGAUCCUACAGGGAAGGAAGAGGAUAUUUAUGAAGUCUUGCCAGAUGAAGAGCAUGAUGGAGGGGAGGAUCGUGACACCCGCCAAAGAGAAGUGGACUAUGCCAGUUAUUACCAGGGCCUAUGGGAUUGCCAUGGUGACCAGCCAGACGAACUGUCCUUCCAGCGUGGUGACCUCAUCCGCAUUCUGAGUAAGGAAUACAACAUGUAUGGCUGGUGGGUAGGAGAACUAAACAGCCUCGUUGGAAUUGUUCCUAAAGAGUAUCUCACCACCGCCUUUGAUGUGGAAGAAAGAUGAAGCCAGGAGACAUCUUCCCGCUGUUCUGCAUCUACAAAGAAGCAGACCAACUAAGCUCCCAGCCUCCAUUGUAACCAUGGCCUCUCUCCUCACAGACCGAUCCAAGUCUCUGCUACCUUGUGUGAUCAGCAACCACUGAGAGAAGUGGGAAGAGAUCCUUCUCAUCAAGCAGGUUUUACUAAACCAUAACUAUACUCAUGUCCAUCUGUGCUAGUAUCCACACACCCACGCAUGCUUUUUCCAUGGCUAGUCACAAGGAGGAAGAGGAAGAGGAGGAGGAAACUUUGAGCGGAGGUUGUGUUGGCUGCCUUCCAAAGUACAAAUAAACCUCAGGAUUUGGUUU